AUGAACAGGGAGCUCUGCAAAUUUGUGUGCAGCAAGUGCAACAAUUUUAUUUACCUCAAGGAAGCAUGCGACUUGGUAUUCAAAAAAAUAUACCCUGAGUACGCCAAAAAAUAUUAUGCCAUGAAUGAACUAAGUAAAGGGCGCGACAGCAGGACAGGUCCGGGACCCCAAGUGGUGGACAAUCUGUACAGGCAAAUUUAUGGUAAUGGAUUCUGUGGUGUUAACAAACAAAAGAAUGAUUUUGCAAACAAGGAUGGGCUCAAGAAAGUGUUGCUGUUUUUAAACAGGGGAAAUAUAAAAUGUACCAAGUGUAGCGCGCUGAACGUGUGGCACGUGAAGUAG